AUGAAGAAAUGCAAACUGAGUCUGAAGUGGUUCGGGAGUCUGUCGAACCUCUCCAAAGAAAGGCCUGUCCCAGUGCAUGAUGGGAGAGAGGCGGAGGAGGCGUGGCUACAUGGCGUUGGAGACAAGCUACGCCCCCUGUGUUAUGCUCGCUCGGCUCAGAUGUACACACAUGUGGGAACCGUGCCGCGGGGAACACGCACAAAAGAGCACACACAGGAUGACGGAUCAAAAUGUUCUCUGGAAAAUGUGCGGGACUCCCCUUUGCUCGGAGCUCUGCAGACCCGGGCCCCUGUCUCCACUUCCCCUGCAGCUCCUCUCUCUCCUCGCUGUCACUCUGGUGGAGGGGAGACCCAGCUGAAGCCAAAGAGCUGCUGCGAGGAGGAGAGGACUGAGAAGAAGGAGAAGGAGGAGGACAGUUCUGAGGGAGUGUAUGUUGUAAUGGAACCGGUUCAGCUGCAGACACCAGCGCUCCCCGAGAAAGAGGGAAGAGGACGGCGGAGAGCAAACAGGGACCAGAGUGACGGCAGAAGAGAGUCUGUGAAGUUUUCAAAGUCUCUUUGUGAAGACGCUGGUCUGGACUUGAGUCACAGAGAGAUGGACGUUCAGAGACCGGACCAGGGCAGCUUAUCUCCGCAGAGUGGAGAGGAGCGCCCCCUGCCGUCAGCGGAGCAGAAUCAAACUGUCAGCAAAGUUACUCUCACCUUAAAGAUGAAGGAGUCCGUGGAAAGUCCUGCAGACCCGACCAUCUCUGAGUCGGACUGUGACAGCCUCAGCCCUGUGUCCUUAGCUACAACUGAGAACUCUCAAGCUAAUGAAGCUCACGAACGGCUCACACUACAAAAAGCAUCUUCAAAUCAAGAUCUGAUGCCAUCAAACCAGGACUUAACCCAGGACAUAAGCCAAGAUCUGAACAAAGAUUUACAAAACCAGGACUUAUAUUUGGAUUUGAACCAAGAUUGUGUCAUGGUAAAAUCUUUGGACAAGCAGAGUGUGAACCAGUCUACAAACCAAAUGGACCAGAGUUUGAAAGAAGAAUCAAAGGCAGACUCAAACCAACAUCUUCGCAAGGACACUAUAGAAGAUCCUGAGCACGACUUGGACCAGGACUCAAACCAGGACUCAGACCAGGACUCGAGCGGUUAUACUGAACUGGUGCCUCAGAGCUACGUAGAGCGACUGCGCAUUGAGGACCAGGGCUCAGAGACGCUAAAGGCUAAAGAGGCUAGCUUCGAAGCACUUGAAUCCACUUCCUGCUUCAGCCCCACGUACGAGACCACUUCCUGUUUCAGUCCGCUCUCGUAUCGGUCCGCCCUGAUGUCCUCUGAGAACCGCCCCCUCGAGGUCAACGUCCUGCGGAGGGUCAAACACGUCUUGUCUCAGGUCCACCCCAAGAUGGCCGCCUUGCACAUGACCAGGGCUGAUUGUGUGGUGGGCCGUAUCGUGCAGGUGAGCCCGCAGCAGCAAAGGACCAUGGGAGUGAGUUCUGGUGUGGAGCUGCUCACUCUGCCUCAUGGACAGCAGCUCAGACUGGACCUGCUCGAGAGGUUUGAGACAAUGGCUCUGGCUCUGGCCGUGCAGAUCUUGGGCUGCACUGGGACCCUGGAGGAGCGGGCCGCGCUGGUGAACCGGCUGAUCCAGACGGCAUCCGAGCUCCGCAGCGCCGUGGGGAACCUGUUUGGGUUUGGAGCCGUGAUGAGGGCGCUGCAGCUGCCACAGGUGUCUCGACUGGACCAGACCUGGGCGAUGUUACGCCAGCGACACACAGAGAGCGCUGUUCUCUUUGAAAAAACCCUCAGGCCCUUCAUGAAGAACCUGAACGAAGGAAGAGAGACCCAUCCGCUCUCCAGCACCUCGUUCCCCCAUGUGUUGCCACUGCUCUGCCUGAUGGAGAGAGGAGCUCCGGGGCCCGUGAUGACGACAGAGGAGGCUCCUGGAGACUUACCCCAGCUCUGGGAUUAUGAUUUGGGGGUGGAUGCCCUCAUGUUCCACCUGUCUGCGGCCAGAACCAUGGCUCAGCUCAGCAACGUCUACAAGAGCAACGCCAGCAGCCAACUUCACGGUCUGGAGGACGACCCGGAGCUGGGGGAGAUCUUUAGCACAGAGUUCCAGCAGCGUUUGCUCUGGGGACACAGAGGAGCCACCGCACCACAAGCUCUGAGAUAUGACAAGUUCAACCAGGUCCUGACCGCACUGUCCAACAGACUUGAACCUCCACGAACCAGGACUAAAGUGGGUUUGACGCAGAUCUGA